ACUCAGGUGUCAGCUCCCAAAUCUUUGCUCUUACCACAUUGUGCCAUAACACACCCAGCAAAAAACUGUCCCCCUGAUCAUUAAUCCCUCUUCCACAUGAGAGCCUUCUAAAUAUUUGAAGAUGGUCAGCAUGCCUCACUCUGCCUCAAUUCCAUUUUUGGAAUAAGCAGAGUUUAAACGUACAAAUUAUUUUUUUAAAAGAAGAUCUUGAGCCUGCUUUUCCUCAAGAAAAGAAACACUGCGUUCAUCUCCAGUUAUUAGCGCUGUGGUUUGCCGCCCCUCUCUCGCACUGGCAUGAGCUCUGAUUCGGCUCCGUUUCUGUUACUCUGCACAGUGUCCAGAAGGCAGAGAUCCUCUGGGGGUGAGGGCACCACGGCUGGGUGCAGCAGGCCUCUUACUGCUCCGCUUCGAGAGGCUAUUUGUGAGUGAGUUGCGAAAAGGCACCCAGGCCAUCCGCAGGAAUGCAAACUAGCUGUCCUGGAGUCUCUGCCUUUGCGACCCACCACACUGUCGGGAGUUGCAGCAGAACGUCUGGGAAGGGCCUGGUGUGGUUGGAAAAAGAAUUCCAGAUGAUUUUGUCCACCUUCGUCAUUGUGUAUGGAUCCUGGUUUGAUCACGUUUUAAGCUGGGAAGAGCACAAACAUGAUAAAAAUAUUCUAACUAUGUUCUAUGAAGAAAUGAAGAAAGACCUUUCUAAAAGCAUAAAGAAAAUUACUACUUUCCUCAAUAUAAAUGUGAGUGAUGAUGAAAUUGAUAAGAUUGCUUGGAAAACAUCAUUCAGUGAAAUGAAAAAUAAUGCAGCCAAAGAAAACAGUGAUUCAAAUCAUACCAUCUGUGCCCUCACAUGUAAUAGGAACCUGGUAUUUAGGAAAGGAGCAGUGGGUGACUGGAUAAACUACUUUACUUCAAAGCAGAAGAGAGUUUUUGAUGAACUAUUCAGUGAGAAAAUGAAACACAGUGAACUGGCAAGACACUUUGAAGAUUCCUCUAUAUAAAUGGGAAAUGAAACCAAUUUCCAUUUUAUGCAGUGCAGGGCUUGGGGAAUACAUAAAUAUUUUUCACCAGUAUUGAAAACAGAUACUUCCUUCAGUGAAAAAUGGACACUUUAUGAAUGUACCAAAAGUGUCAUGUGUGAAAACUAUUAUCAUGCUUGGUGAUAGCAGAGAAUUAUUAAUCAAAGGAAGUGUACAAUUUUUGAAUGGCUAAAUUACAUAUCUGCUUUCAAGAUAUUCAUAAGGCAAGGAGAUUACUUCUAUUCAGAGAAAGCCUUCCUGUGGAUGGUCUACAAACUACUAAUAUACAACAAAACACGUGAGGAUUAUCUAAAAUAACAUGUCUGAAAAGAAUCUAUUUUCUGCCUUUUUGGACUAUCAUGACCUCUAGACAAACAUUUUUAUUUCAACAUUCCCUGGUGUCUGUGUAGAAAUGUUCUCCAGUGUCAUAACAAUGACAAGCAUAAUCUUACUAAUGUGGAAACGCCUAAUAGGUAGAUUAUAUCAAAUCAUCACAGUAUAUUAGUGAAAAUGAAAAAUGAAGAAAUACUUUUUCAUAUUAAAUUAACACUGGCAUGGCACUCCAGUAUUUUCUUUAUUUUUAAUAGAAUCAGUUAAAUUACAAAUUUUCUUAUUUUCCAGUUUUGAAAAGUAUACUUUUCCUUGAAGUGUUUAUGAUUUUUUUACUGUAUUUUAAAUAUGUAUUCUUUCUCCCAGUAGCAUUUCUAGCAUUAAUCCAAUCUCUAUAAUUUUCUCUCUCCUGUAAUGAAUAUUAUUCUGUAGGUUUAGCCUAGAGGAUAGUGUAAUGAAAUUUUAGUGAACUUAUUUUAGAAUUAUUACCUAAGUUAUGAACAUCUAUAACACAUUGUUUAUGUCUGUGCCAUAAUAUCUAACCCAAGGCUUAGUGAGAAAUCAAAAUUGUGUAUCAUAUAUGACUCUGAUAUAUGAUAUCAGAACUCAAGGAAAAGGGUUUAGUGAGUUAAUUCAACCAGACAGUUUGAUUCUGUACCUCCAUAUAUUGUGAAUCUUAUUUUUAGUAAAAAAAUCUGUUGGAAAUUCUUAUCAAGUUUAUCACAAUUCAGUAUUAGAUCUUCAUAUAUCUUCUGUAUGUACCUAUUUGUUAUGAAUAAAAUGUAUACUUGUUG